AUGCCGUUACCUUAUUAGUUAAACAUAGCGGGACGUUUCAACGUCAGUACACAUUGGUCGGUUGAAUAUAACGGCACGAUUUCACGAUAUAACACAAGGCUGGGUCGGUGGCGUCUAUAUAAGCCGAGACCACCCUGUUUCGCACCUCAUAACCUCUGUCUUCUCUCUCGCGCGCUCUCCUCUCGGCUCUCCUUUUGCUCUCUUGGCGAUCUCGUCUUUCUGCGAAGGUCGGAGCUGCUCUCCGACGAAAGGACAAAGCUUCGAGCGAUCGUCGGCUGGGAGUGAGCGUCCUCUCCUCCGAUUUAGGGGAGAAUUUAGAUUCUUGUCGUGGUGAUCUCAUUCCUUUACCUUUGCUUGAGGUUUCGUUUCGCUUCGCUCUCGAAAUUUUUUAGGGUUCAAGAUAUUGUUGAAUUUUGAUGAUUUGGCUUCGUUUUGAUUGAUAUAAUUGACAAUUUCGGUGACCAAAAAUCAGAAAAUUUGUUGUUCUCGGGGUUCUCUUUGAUCAAUUCUUCGUUAGGGGAGUGAGCGUCCUCUCCUCCGAUUUAGGGGAGAAUUUAGAUCCUUGUCGUGGUGAUCUCAUUCCUUUACCUUUGCUUGAGGUUUCGUUUCGCUUCGCUCUCGAAAUUUUUUAGGGUUCAAGAUAUUGUUGAAUUUUGAUGAUUUGGCUUCGUUUUGAUUGAUAUACUUGACAAUUUCGGUGACCAAAAAUCAGAAAAUUUGUUGUUCUCGGGGUUCUCUUUGAUCAAUUCUUCGUUAUCGAUCGUCUGGGUUUUCAAGUUUCUUUUGGGAAGUUCGAUCUUUCUGGUUUUCUUGAUCGUCUCUCGUCACCUCGGCGUUUCUCGUUCUGGUUUCGAUUCGCAAGAUGGCUUCUUCUCGUUCCAGGCGUGUGGAGUACGACCGCUUCAUCCCGUUCCGAUCGGCGAUGGACAUGGACUUCGCGCGCUGUGCUCUAACCAUGCCUUCCAGACCUCAGCGUGAUGGUUCGAUAGAAUCCCCAUCGAGUGUGGCGUACCAAAAACUUCUUGUUCAAUGUAUUUUUAAGAACAGAUCUCGCAUCUUCGCAUUCAAGAGUGCACCCGAAUCACCGGCCGACAAGGUGUCCCAAUUUGACGAGGACAAUCGACCGCACAAGAAGCAACAGAGGCGAAUCCCAAAAGAUGCAGAUAGGGUUUUGGCUGCUUAUGAUAUCUUAGAUGAUGAUAGGUUGAAUCUACUCGACUGGGGAAGCAAUAACGUGUUGGCGAUUGGCCUCAAUGACAAAGUGUGCCUAUGGAAUGCUGCGAAUAAGUCUAGUACAGAGUUUUCACGAGCCCUAGAAGACAACAGCCCUGUCACUAGCAUCAGCUGGUCCCCAGACGGCAAAGUUCUAGCUGUGGCAUUAGGCAAUUCAGAUUUAGAUCUGGUUGAUGCAGCAACAAGACGUGUGUUGGUUGGGAUCCAAGGUGACAGCCACUCCUUUGUUUGUUCACUUGCGUGGAGAAGUAAUGCAAUCUUGACGGUUGGGAGAUCCGAUGGUAGUAUUGUUGAUUAUGACAUUAGAAAAGAUGACCGGGCCAUCUGUGACUAUAGAGGGCAUCGACUAGAAGUUUGUAGUCUUAAAUGGUCCGAGUUGUUUGGGCGGUAUCUGGCAAGCGGAGGGAAGGACAAACUUGUGCACAUAUGGGACACCCGCAUGGCUGUUGCAAAUCACCAUCCGCGCCAACAUCAAUUGCUUCACAAGAUCAGCAACCACACUUCCACUGUGAGGGCCCUUGAUUGGUGCCCUACCAGGAGCAAUCUGCUGGCUUCUGGUGGAGGGCGCAAUGAUCAUUGCAUUAAGUUUUGGAAUGCUGUUAAUGGUGUUUGCUUGAACUCGAUUGAUACCGGCUCUGAAGUUUGUGCGUUGUUGUGGGACAAGAACAAAUCUGAAUUGCUGACCUCCCAUGGGUUUCCAAACAAUCAACUCACCCUGUGGAAUUACACAUCCAUGACGAGAAAAGCUGAGCUUUUUGGUCAUUCAUCUCGUGUUCUUUACUUGGCUGGGAGCCCAUUGGGAGGUGUAGUAGCUUCUGCAGCAGAAGAUGAGACACUCAAGUUCUGGAAUGUCUUUGAGACUCCCAAACCACCAAAACCUGAAGCAAACACUGUGCCCUUUGCCCAAUUUAGUGUCAUAAGAUGAAAAUGCUGAUGGUUGGAAAAGACUACGAGAGUAAUACGAAAAACUUCUUUAGUGCUUGACAAGAAGAUCCAUUGUUGAUAGCGUUGCAUAGAGCAGUUUGUGGCAUCAAAGAGGCAACAUAUUUUCAUACAAACAUUAUAUAUUUAAGAUCUUCGGAUACGAGUGCAAGCGCAUAAGUUAAGGACAAAGAGACCCGGAGCAUUGAUGCUUCACUUAUUAGAAUUUGAGAAUCAGGGACAAAGAUACCCAGAGCAAAGAUGCUUCACUUAUAGAAUUUGAGAAUCAGAUUUGUCGAUGAUAUUUCUUUAAUGUCGAAAACGAUAGAAAACUUCACAAGCAUGGAUAGUUUUAGUAUCUGAAUAGUUACCUUCGACUAUGGAUUGGUUUCAGACCAUACGGUCCGACGCUAGUUUGUUUUGUUUUUUCUAUUAUCUUUUCAGGUGAUAUCAGCCUAACCAAAGGCGAAGAAGCUGCUGAUGCUAGCAAGGUAUCUGAUCAAUCAGCUGAAAGGAAAAAAAGUUUGGUGGACUGGAUGAACUUGAUUAAACCUGCUAAUGGGGAGAAAGAUCACUGGGUUCCAGAUGAAGCUGUUAGCAAAUGCACAUCAUGUGGAUCAGAUUUUGGAGCUUUCAAUCGCAGGCAUCAUUGCAGGAAUUGUGGCGAUAUUUUCUGCGACAAGUGCACAAAGGGUAGAAUUGCUCUCACUGCAGAAGAAAAUGCUCAGCAAGUCCAAGUUUGUGAUAGAUGCAUGGUGUCUGCAUAACCUUUUGGGUUCAGGAGAAAGUUUCGGUUGUUGAUAUUCUGGAAGUCGAGAUGAUGAUGGUAAUAAACGUUAUUUAAGUCUUUUAAGAUAUUAUAUUUAUAAUGGGUCUUCUUCUAGCAGUAGUUAUUUGUUGUUCCAAUCUCAUAUAAAAUCUGAUGUAUCGUUGCUAAAAGGAGAUCUUUUUCUUUUUUGGAAGCUAGGUUUGCUAAAAACAUUUUACCCCUCCACUGACCCUGACUGUCUUUUAAAGAGAUCUGUGUUUUUAUAAGGAUCCUCCUUGAAACAAUCUGUAGUGUUAGACUCAUAUAUUUUAGUAUUAUCAUUAAUCAUAAGGGUGAAGAAAGUGGUUUUUAAAGAAAAUAUGAUUUGUUUAGCCAAUUGAGUGAAUUACUUUUCAUUUUACAUCUUUAUUGAAUUUCCAUCCAGAGGAUUUGCUGCAAGUCCAUUAGCUAGAUUUUGCACCUUAGGUUGAUAAAACACUGUUAUCAGCCAGCGGUAGUCUCGCUUACAUUAUGGCGUAAAUUGUCUUAGUUGAUCAAUAUUCUAUUCUUUGUUCAAGGAUGUUCUACAAAAGAUCUAAACUAGUUCUUACAUUAUGGCUAUUAUUAGCCAGUGGUGGUACACUUACAUCAUAGCUUGAAUUGUCUUACUUGAACAUUCUUUUCUUUGUUCAUGGAUGUUCUACAAAAAAUUUGAACUAGUUUGUCCUCGAGAAAUUCACUGUCUUGUCUUGUGUUCAGGCCCUCUUAGUUCAUAUCAGGGUUUGCCGUACCGAGCCGUACCGCCCGGUACGGGCGGUACGUACCGGUUCGACAGGUUUUCGGUACGCGGACCGACUAUUACUGGUCCGAGGCACUGUAGCACUGUAGCAGUGCACUGUAGCCGGUUUAUGCAGGUUGACUUAAGAGAAUAUUUCAUAGAUGAGAUUAUUUGACAGGUUGAUGCAGGUUGAGUCAGCCACAGUCCCACAUCGAGUCAAUAAACCGUGGCCGGUUUCAGGUUUCAUUUACUGCAUUCUUCUUUUUCCCUUGUUUGAGUUCUGCAGCCUUCCAUCUAUUAAAAUGGUUUGUAGUUAAACUAAGGAAUUUGAUAGAUGCAGACAACUUCAUGUUUUGGUUGUCUCAUUCUAUUUGUUCCUAUCUACUGCUAAUAUCCUAUGCCAAUUUAAUGUAUUCAUGCAAAGCUAAAAAAAAAACUUAUAGAUAUGCCGACGUUGUUAGUCUUCAUCAAUUGAUUGUUAUAAUGAACUCAAAUUGAUAUUAAUAUUAGAAACAUAACUUGUCAAACAAUCAUCGUUAGUAAAAUGCGACAGAAUAAAAAUAUGAAUCAAUGUCUUCAUUAUGAUUGUUGUUGUUGCUAAUUAAAACAACUAGGACAUUAUAAAUGAUAGGAUCCUUGUAAUAUCAGAUAUGUAAAUCAGGCACAAUAUACAGAUGAUAUAUCAUGGGUAUAUAAAAAUAUAAAUAGUAAAAUAUAUAUAAUUUUAUACCUCGAAACCACCAAAACAUGUGUGUUUGUGAAAAUUCUCUAGUCAAACCACUCUAAAAAAAAUUUCAAUGAACAAUAACUUGGCACAAAUUAUUGAAAACAUUUGAUUAUCAGUAUAAAAAUAAUAGUAGACAAAUGAAUCAAAAUAUGCAGAUUGACAAAUAAAUAGUGUUUCAGAAAAUCAACAUAAGAUUAACUUGGUUUGAUAAAUUUCUACCUAUAUUUAUAGAAAAAAAUUGAAUUCUUCAUUAUAUAAGAUUAACUAUGAGGUUUUUUGAGUUAUUCUCCCUUGCAUGAUUUUUUUUUGACAUCUUCUUAUAUAAAUCUAAAGUACUUUUCACUUUAACUCUAGAUCUCCGAGAGCACUUAAAUGUCUUACUUUUUUCUCUCAUCAAAAUCUUGAGAUUUAUUAGAAUAAAUCGUAAUUCACCUAGAAAUUUUAAUUUAACUAGAAAUUUUUUUCAACUAAAUUGAAUAUAAUUAGAACUCCUAAAAAACUUACCAAAUCUAAGGAGAAUCUUUUAUUCAAAAUCUAUAAUUGGAGGACAUUUGAUUGAUUAUAUAGGGAGAGAAGCAUGACAAUUAUGCAACUAUAAUUGUGUUUGACAAUCAAAAGAGCUGUCCUCAUCAACCACUCAAAUGCUGUUGAAAAAACUGAUUAUAAAUUGUAUAAUUUAUAAUCUGAAAUGGUUUCAAUAAGUUAGUAUAUAGUAAAUAAUCUCCGUAAAAGAUAAAUUUAAGAGUGAAAUUCAAGCUUAAAAUAUUUCAAUUUUAGUAUGAUGUGUCAUAAUUUCUAUUUUAAAAAACAGUCAUUAGACCUAUGAGAAUAGUAAACUAAAUUGAAUAAUAUAAUAGUAAAGAGAUAUCAAACAAAUAAUUCUAUGAGUUUGAUGAAAAUGAGGCAUUAUGAUUGUCUAUUAUGGUUUUUUUCUGUGAUAUGAACAGAGGUACAUGACUUUCUAUGAAUAAACUAUGUCUUCUGCUGGUCUCAAGAUAGGGCUUGACAAGUUCUAAAUUGUGGAAGUUAGCUUACUAUAUCAACAGUUAACAAAUGCUUGAUUAUAGUGAUAGUGUAGUUCUGGUCCAUCUGGAUAAAAGGAUCUUAGUCGAGUCCAAAGGUUCUAAUUUGUGAUUAUUUUAGUCUCUGGGAUUUAUCUUUUGCUGAAUCAGCUGUUGACUUGUAGAAGACUAGUAGCAAUCUUCAUGAGAUUGUUAGAGAAGCUUGUUAAGUUUCAUACAAAUGCUCACCAACUAAUGACAUGGCUACUAUUUCAGUAUUUUUAAUUAUGGUGUUGCUAUCAUUUAUCACAAGUUUCAGCAUCCACACCUUGUGGUUUGAAUUAUACGCCUUGCAAGCAUAAAACUAACCUCUAAAUCAGUAUUUCUUCAUGCCAAUUCUCAGUUUAUUUAAUGAGAUUAAGUUAGCAACAGCUCUUGUGAUUAUUGUUUGCAAUUCCUAAUAUCACAUAUGGUAAAAAGUUUAAAUUUUCAUGAUAAUUCCAGUAGAAACAUUUAUGUCAUGAAAUGCUUAUUAUAACAUCACGACAAUCAUCAUGAUGAUUAGCUUGUUAGCAAAUUGCUUCAUGGUUCAUGCUACAUGGAUAUUUCACCUGCAAAAACUUUCUUAUAAAUUGUCAUUUGUGAUGCUUUAGUGUUGAGGCUUAUCUUUCUUUUAUUUUAUGAUCAAGGCAUAUUUUUUCUUUUGUUCAUUAGGGACAAAGAGGCUCAGAGCAUUGAUGCUUCACUUAUUGGAAUUUGAGAAUCAUGUUCAUUUAUCUUUUUUUUAAAAUUAUUAUAUUAGUCCUUUACUAGAAAAUAUACUUAGGGGUUUCUCAAAUUUUAUUAUUGAAUAGUCUAUUUGUUUACUUGCUUCUCAUUCUUGUUUAACUUCUGGCUUGCCCCUCAACAUUCUAUAAUAUUCAUCAAUAAUAUUUUUACACAUAUCAAUUCCUUUAGCUUUUUCUUUUUCUUGUUGAUUUGUGUGCUUUCACUUUGCACUUUUCUGCAAAAAUAUAUUGCAAACUGAUAUUUAGCUCAUUUUUUUCAUCAUUUUAAAACUAAAGAAUUAUCAUAUUAAGAAUGUAGGUUUGUCCAAAGAAAGCCUACCUUGUUGGAGUUGAAUAUAAAGGCACUAAAGAUAAUACUUUUUCUAUUGAUUAAUCACUUAUAAUUUGCACAAUUAGCUUAUACUGCUCCACUUAUCAAAAACAUGGUUUUUAAUUUCGAUGUGUACUGCCCGAUAUAGGCAGUACGUACUGGUCCAAGAGCCUCUCGACGCGCGGACUGCCUGCUAUCAGCCGGUGCCAAAUUUUUGGCCCCGUAUCGCCCGAUACAGGGUUGUAUUGGGCAGUAACAGUCGAAAUUUCAACCAUUACCGACUUGUAUCCUAUUUUAGAUGUAUUUCUCGAUAUGGUAUGCCUCGAUAUGUACCGUACCGAGCCAGUACAAACCAAAAUUGUGAAUCUUGAUCAAAAGUAUGUUUCUUAUUCUCUCGGUUGAACAUGAUAUAGUGAAUAGUCCUAUGGUUUCUCUAAGUGUGCAUAUCUAGAGGUCCAGAAUUUAGGAGUAUAUUAUUGCUUUGGGUCAUUGAAUGAUGAAAUUUAGAAAUAUAUCUUUUUGAGGGUUUUUUUGGCAUGAACUCCAUCCUCUAAUGUUACAUAGAAAAUAUUUCAUUGAUGUCACUUACCUAGUCUUACAUGACAUGUCAUAUUUAGUAACUUAUACAUCCUGUUGUAUUUGUCUCCUUCAAAAUUCAUAAAGUGUUGCCAACAACAAAACAACAGGUGAAGAUUAGAAAUGUUGUAUGAUUGGUUAUAUUUAUUAGGGUCAUAUAAUGUUGAAUUUUUCAAUGUUUGUGACUUAAAUUCAAACGCUCACAAUCGUGGUUGCUUGCUAUCUGGCUGAAUAAGUUUAGGUGCUGUCGGAUUCAUUGGUUAUGUUAAUAUUGCUUUGAGCUCGAGAUUAUGAAGAAGUCAGAAAUUCUAAAGAAAAAUAUAUUUUUUUAUAUAUUUUUGUGGUUUUAAAUAGAAUAUUAAAUGCAAAGCUACCUUUCUUGUGAUCCUAGAGUUCUUUCAUGAUGAUUGUUAUUUAUCAUUUUUUACAAGGAUUAGUGACCAAAUGACAUUCCCAUAACAUGGGUCUUUCCCUCUGUUUUUUAAAAUUAUCAUGGAAUAGUACAGUCAAAAUUUAAUAAUCUAUAAACUCCUCGACCUCCGGUCUUUGCUUAUUAAGGUGUCUUUGUUCUGAUGAAAUUAGUGAGCAAUUUAUUAAUGGUUUUGGACCGUUCAUUUCUCAUGUAACUAGAAUUGCAUUAUGUAGAUACAAAAUGAUUGGAUAGUGUCACUUGGUAGAACGAAUUUUCUUGGCUUAUGCUAUCUAGUUUCAACAUUCACUACUCUUUCUAGAGUGCUUGUGAUCAGGAUUUUAGUUAUGCUCACUGAUCCAGAGUUUUGUUUAGGCUUGCUUAUCGAAAUCAAAGGAUUUAUAUUGGUUCUGGAAAGGGUGCUGAAAUCAAGUACCUAGUCCGAGCCCUUCAUGUUGAAAUUAUAAUUUCAUUAGCAACAAGUUCGUAUGCAUUUUUGAUGUAAUUAUUAUAUAGUCAUUAAAGCUUUCUAAUGUGGUAUUUUAUAUUGCUUGAUUUGUUUUAACUAAAAUGAUUACUCACAACAUUCAAACUAAAAUGACACUACCGACGGUUGAGGAAGGCAGAAGGAAGCAGGAAGAAAACUGGAGGUAGAAGGAGGCCUUCGAGAAAAAGGAAGAAAAGAAGAGGAGAAUAUGCAGGGUUUGUGGGCAGCAGCUACAAAUAGCCUGGAGAGGGUGAACACUCGGCAGUAGUUAUACAUAAAGCCACCAUCGCCCUACGGUUGGUCGCCUCCCUCUACCUGCAACCCUUGCGUGAGAGCCCACCAUCGCCGCUUGCAGCCCUCGCGUAAGGGCCUGCUGCUGCCGCCUACAACAAUGGUCGCCCCACUUGGCCCACAGCCCUCACGGGAGGGCUUGCCGCUAUCGCUUGUAGCCCUCGAGCGAGGUUUGUUGCCGCACCUUGGUCAUUAGUUGCAUAGGGACUGCAUAGCCUCCUCGCACCCCUUCCUCGUCAGCAUGGUCUCUUGGGCAUCCUUGCCAUUGGCUACAGCCUCCAUUGUUGGCCGCGGAUGUUGCACCUUCAUCGUGGGUCCUGCGAGGGGGGUCGAUUGGUCCGGUAGAGGGGUCAAUUGGUACGGCGAUGGCAUAACUAGGGGCUAGGUGGAGGGUGGUGGCUAAUGGGAGUGGAAUGUUCAUUUUGACAAAAAGAGGUACUCUCUAGGAAAUUUUCAUACUUUGGGUGUUAUCUCGAAAAUUCUCAAACUUAGGAGUGUUUUCUGAAAAUUUACCCCAAAUAUGUGUGUGAGAACCAGUUUUGCAUUCUAUAUUUGAUGAGACUAAUUACAUUAUUCUCCUGGUUUGAUUUAAUUUUAUGAUUCAUUUUGGAUGUCGUAGUUGUUUGUGAGCUAAAACUUUAUGGGUAUAGUGCACCUUUGUUUUUUUUUUUUGCUUCUGCUGCAAUAACCUAUAAUUCUUCAACUGAACCAUGAGAGAUACACCAAGUAUGCAGGUCCAUCUGUUGAAAGGAUUUGGACUGCCAUGUACCAGGAUUAUUUUCCACAAAUCUAGUUAUAUGUUUUUUCUUUUGUUUCUUAUUUCUUGUCCAGACAUUUUGUUCAGUUAUUUUUGCAUUAAAUGCUGAAAUAAUUGGAGAUGAUAUGUUUGAUAUUAGUUACUGGUAAUUCUUUUGUGUUAUUGUUUUCCACAUGCUCAACAUUGCUAGUUGCUUAGAUUAGGUGAUUCAACAAUGAGUUUAUGAAGAAGCUUACAUUAAUUAAAAUUUUCUUUGGACAUACCAUGUGAAUGCAUACAGUUUCUUUUCAAAUCAAUUUAAGACUUGAUUUAGUGAUUUUGUACGACAAUCUAUGUUUUCGUUGUGUAACAUUGUUGGUCAACAUGCUGUUUGUAAAUUCUAGGUGAUAAAUUUUAUUUUGCAUUUUCUUUCUUAUCUCUAGCUCUCAUCAUCAUAAGAUUGAUCUCUGGGAUUUUAGUCCGCAUAGCUUCUGCAUAUCUCCUUGAAGCAUAUACAGAUUUGGUAUCUUCCGACACACUCUAUUUGGGAUUCCAGUCUACAUUAGCUACUGGAAAAUGAUUUUUAAAUUUUUUUCAAUCAUUAAUCCCUAAUAUUCUUCUAAAUGAGAUAAGUGGGAGGGGAAAUGUUUUGAUUUGUUUUGUGAGAGAGCAUAAUUUAUCCUAAUUCUAGAGUGAUAUUCCCAUCAGAUACUUCCAUCUGCACGAAGAUAAUUCUUAUUUGAUGAUGUUUGCAUGUUUCUAUCCUUUAGCUUUUGUAUCAAGUUAUGGUUAUACAAUUCCAGGUUACAGCUAGAAAUCCAUGCCCGGUGCUUUUCAGACAUGUAUUAUGGUUCAUCAUCAUAAGUCUGAAUGUACUGGAUCAAUCAGCAGAGUUAAUGGACAACCAUUAGAGGUUUCACGGAAACAAGGACUUCAUUGGGGAAGUUCUUUCUUUCCUUUCUCGGCCUUACCCUCGGUCAAAUGCAAUCAGAUUAUGCAAGGUAGAAAUGGCUGCCACGGUAAGAGGCUUUGGUUACUACAAAAUUUUGGGAAUUCAAAUGUAUGCAGUUGUCUCUCCCUGUGCAGUAAGAUUUUUUUCCUAUUAUUGAAGUCCUUGGUGCUUAUUUGCUACCUCCACCUUUCUGCACAACAAAAAUGGUCUACAGAUUGGAGGAACGCCAUUGUGGACCUUCUAUAUUGGUUUGGUAUGAAGCCCCCAUUCAGCACAUAGGCUGGUCUUUCCAUGCUAGUUGGUAGAUAUCAUGUGUCAAGGUUGGCAACCUUCUUUCCAAAAUCUUUGCAUCAAAAUGCAAGUGCAGCCAAAAGAAGCAAAUGGCAGACCCUGUUGAAAAUAUCAUAUGUUCGUUGCUGCUAAAUCAGUGGUCUGAUUUAGCCUUGAGAUUGUUAUUUAAGUUGCUGCUAAAUGAAUUCUUCCCAUGAAUCAGAAUCUGUUCAUGGGAAGAAUUCAUUUGUAAAAAGUACAAAAAUCAAAACCAAAGCAUAGCACAAUCUACACUUUGGCGGGCUUCAUGUAUUGACUCAACCAUGAUUAGUUGACUAUGAUGAAAAGCUCAGAAUAGAUCUAAUUUUUAAAUUAUGGUAAAAAAAGUUAAAAUGUUGUCGGCUAUAGAUGUCAGAUUUGAAGUUGAGUGGAAGUAGUCCUAUUGUACCUUUUCAAAAAUAAGCUCAUGGUGACAUCUAGAUGAGUGGAAUAUUGAACAAUACAUAUAUGAAAUUUCACAUUGUCUCUAAGAGCAGGGUUUGAUGUCUCCUCUAAUGUUGUGUUACGUUUGCCUUUGCCUGGAAUUGGUGUUCCAAAAUCAUUGCCAAAAGGUUUUGUGUCCUUUUUCAAUAUUUGUGACAUUUCUUUAUUGUAUUAUCAGUUUUGUGUAUUUUUGGCAUAAGAUAAAGAUACUUAUAUAGGUCAUUAGAAUCCAAAAACAAAGCCAAAAAAUCAUGGAUCCUUUUCUUAUAUACGUGUUCUGUUGCAUCUUUCUGGUGUGUCCUUGCAUGUGAUAACAUAUGGUUCUAUAGUUUAUUAUACUCUAAAACAAUUAAGUGCUACUUAUGGUUAUGGAUAUAUAUGAUUAUAUUUUAGGAUUAUUUAGAUACUGCAGAAUUCAGAUCAUAUCUACAACCUUCUAAAGGACAAAUGGAAGUUAUCUUGACGAAUUAUAUUUUCAGUAUUCUGGAAUGUACAUUUCUGCAUGCACAGACCUUAAGAUAUCGACUUAAUCCAGCUUGGUACAGUAUAAUAUUUUUUCAUGAUUGUAUUAUGCUUCAAUCUGCUGAUCACAAUAACUUAAAUAACAUUCUUUUGGUCGAUGUACUUUAGGAUGUAGAUUGUUUGGAACAUGCCAAAUACAACACUAGUAAUGAUGUGGAGUAUCUGAAAACAUAAAAACAUUUGUGAGGCAGUUGCUCUACAAUCCUAGACUUCUAUCUGCAUGUCCCGCAGCUUUUGUUGAAGCAAAGCUCUGUCAAGUUGAACAAGAGCGUGAGCUGAAUUAGCAGAUUCAAAAACAGUCUUGAAACUUUAUGUUCACAUUGAACUUGAUUGUUUAUUUAAUUGUGUGGAUGUACCUGUUAAAUUUAUGAAAUUUGUUUUCAUGUUGAAGUGUAGUGAUGGCCUAUGUAGGAUGUGAGAAAUGUCAACUGUGAGAAAAUCUUCAAACUCAAGGUUUAGUUCUCGUCUCCAUUUACAGUCUGAAACCAUUUAUACUAGCCUUUGUCAAGGUUUCAUAUGUUCAUUUGCUAGGUUUCUCCCAAAAAAUCAUGAAUCAGAAAACGAUUUGUGGUUCAUUCUAUAAUUGACAUUUCAUAUCUUGUUGAAUACUGGUGGCGAAUUCUUGGGUAGGUUUUUGUUUUUCUUUUGACCUUUUUAAUUAAUAUAUCUUAUAUACAAAAUAUAGAUCUUAUUAUUGCUAGUGUUCACAACCAAGCAGGUUAGCCUUAUAGUUGCACUCUCUCGAAAGUUAUUUUCACAAUGGAAACUUAAUAUUGCUCUGAAGGUAAAUUUGGUAAAAAAUAUAUAAUUUUUCCAUGAAAAGCUUUUUUUUGUUUUUUUUUUAUGAAACGUCCCUUCAUAAAUAUUUUCUUUUUACCUUUUUAUCUCUGUAUAAACCUGUGGAUCUUAGACCACCUAUUCAAGUGUAUAGUUUGGUUUAGUAAAUGUCUUUUGUAUUAUCAGUUUUGUGUAUUUUUUGCAUGAGAUAAAGAUACUUAUGUAGGUCAUUAGAAUCCGAAAACAAAGCUAAAAAAUCCUGGAUCCUUUUCUUACAUACGUGUUCUGUUGCAUCUUUCUGGUGUGUCCUUCAUAUGAUAACAUAUGGUUCUAUAGUUUAUUAUACUCUAAAACAAUUAAGUGCUACUUAUGGUUAUGGAUAUAUAUGAUUAUAUUUUAGGAUUAUUUAGAUACUACAGAAUUCAGAUCAUAUCUAGGAAGUUAUCUUAACGAAUUACAUUUUCAGUAUUCUGGAUUGUACAUUUCUGCAUGCAUAGACCUUAAGAUAUCGACUUAAUCCAGCUUGGUGCAGUAUAAUAUUUUUUCAUGAUUGUAUUAUGCUUCAAUCUGCUGAUCACAAUAACUUAAAUAACAUUCUUUUGGUCGAUGUACUUCAUGAUGCAGAGAUUGUUUGGAACAUGCCAAAUACAACACUAGCAAUGAUGUGGAGUAUCUGAAAACAUAAAAACAUUUGUGAGGCAGUUGCUCUACAAUCCUAGACUUCUAUCUGCAUGUCCCGCGGCUUUUGUUGAAGUAAAGCUCUGUCAAGUUGAACAAGAGCGUGAGCAGAAUUAGCAGAUUCAAAAAUAGCCCUGAAACUUUAUGUUCACAUUGUGAACUUGAUUGUUUUGUUUAAUUGUGUGGAUGUGCCUGUUAAAUUUAUGAAAUUUGUUUGCAUGUUGAAGUGUAGUGAUGGCCUAUGUAGGAUGUGAGAAAUGUCGACUGUGAGAAAAUCUUCAAACUCAAGGUUUGGUUCUCGUCUCCAUUUACAGUCUGAAACCAUUUAUACUAGCCUUUGUCAAGGUUUCAUAUGUUCAUUUGCUAGGUUUCUCUCAAAAAGUCAUGAAUCAGAAAACGAUUUGUGGUUCA